GUCCGUGUACCGAUGAGUUGCAAAAGAUUAGCACCGAUAGCAGGAGCAAGAUAUCGUGCCUUGUUUUUGGGUGGUUGUGGUGGGCCUGAUAAGAACUCCCAACAAAACAUCAUCAGCAACAACAACAGCAGUGGUGUGCUUCUUUUUCGCCGUAAAUUAUGUUCUUCUUCUGUGUUUAUCUCACCAGCUGCCGUCAAAGUUGCAUGUAAACAAAUACAACAACGAGCCCGCUUUCAGCAGAAUCGAGGUAAAAGCAGUACCAGGGAAAUACUAGAAAUGAGCGAAUUCAAUACAAUUGCACGCCCAUCGGCGCACGCUGGAAAACUGUUGGAAAACAAAACCUUCUUCCCCGAUCCACCUGUCCGCGGUCCGUUGGCACCGUACCGCAAGCAAGCGACCUUCGACUGGCGUAAACUGAAGCUUUCCUUCCACGAUGAAACAUCGCUCGAACUGCAGCAACGCGUGUGGGACUUUGCCCGCAAACAUCCGCUCUUUGCCCACCCGAACCAUACGCUCACGAUGGACGAGGAACGUCAUCUUGCCACCAAGCGUAUGUACGUGGUGCAGAAUGAGAAAAUGUUCACGCUGGCCGAUUUCCUGGAGCGUCCCGAUCUUGCCUCCAUCUACCAUCAAGCGUGGAUAGCUUACGAACCAAGCAUGGCCGUAAAAUACUCGCUCGGGUUCGGUAUGUUCCCAUCCGUUAUACGCACCCUGGAUGUGGGUCGCCUAGAUGAGAUUGUUGAGCGGAACGAAAAAGGCGAAUACCUUGGUGCCUUUGGAUUGACGGAAAUUGCACACGGAACGAAUGCCAAAGGGAUGCGAACUACCGCCACAUACGAUCCGACAUCCGGAGAGUACGUCCUUAAUACACCCGACUUCGAGGCGGCCAAAUGUUGGAUAGGAAAUUUAGGCAAAACGUGCACCCAUCUCAUUGUGUACGCACAGCUCUACACAGCCGAUGGUAAACAUCAUGGUUUGAAUGCGUUUGUGGUGCCGGUUCGUGAUCCGACCACUCUGCAAGCAUACCCGGGCGUAACCGUGGGUGAUCUCGGUGCAAAGGCAGGUCUACAGGGCGUAGACAAUGGCUUCGUAAUGUUCCGCCAGUAUCGCAUCCCGCGGGACAAUCUGCUAGCCCGCACCGGGGAUGUAAACGAACAGGGCGAGUUCGUAUCACCGUUUAAAGAUCCGGCCAAAAGGUUCGGUGCGUCGCUGGGGGCUCUCUCCGGUGGUCGCGUAAGUAUUUGUGGCAUUGCAAACGUUUACCUUACAAAAGCGAUCACGAUCGCGUUACGAUACUCCGCUAGCCGGAAGCAGUUCGGACCGGAGGAUAGUGAGGAAGAGUGGCCAGUGCUAGAGUACCAAUCGCAACAAUUUCGGUUAUUCCCUCAUCUCGCCAACAACACGGUGAUUCGGGUGUUUAACCUCUGGUUCGGUAAGGCGUACGGUGAUAUGCAGUUGAAGUUGCUCGGUGGAGAAAAUAUCGGAGCGACUGGGAUGGAAGUGCAUGCACUUUCGUCCGCUGCCAAGCCUGUGUGUACGUGGGCCGCUCGGGAUGGUGUGCAAGAAUGUCGAGAGGCUUGCGGAGGACACGGAUAUCUGAAGCUUUCGACGAUCGGAGAUUUGCGAGGCAACAAUGAUCCGAACUGUACGUACGAAGGUGAAAACAAUGUGCUGAUCCAGCAGGCAUCGAACUGGUUGCUAGGCGUCCGUGCGAAGGGUUACGAUAAAUUUGCCGAAGUGUCUCCCCUUGGCUCGGCACAGUUUCUUGCUCAGUAUGCAAGUCUCAGUAGGCGAAAGGCGACUUGGAAAGGUCCGGCGGAUGCGGGUUCUAUUGCAAAUCAACUGGAAGCUUUGGAUUGGUUGGUGGCCUAUUUGCUGGAGGAGUCGUUCCAAAAGAUGUCGACAUUAAAGCAGCAAGGCAAGUCUUCCUUCGAGGCACGAAAUGAUGUACAAUCGUUCUUUGCGCGGACACUUUCAAUCGCUUACGGAGAGCGCAUGCUCCUCUUCGUGUUUGCAAAGUUCCUGUCCAACCUUGAGGCAGGUCCCGAACGACAGGCACUCGAACGACUCGGCUCACUGUACGGUGCAGGAGCAAUUCUACGUCACAUCGGUGUAUUCUACCAAGGUGGAUACUUCUCCACGCUGCCAAACGCAAUGGCACUGCUUCAGCAAUCCGUAUUGGAUCUACUGCCAACGAUCAAACGGGAUGCAAUCGCCAUAGUCGAUGCGAUUGCUCCACCCGACUUUAUAAUCAACUCUCCACUCGGCAUGAACGAUGGCGAUGUGUACCGGCACAUGGAGUCGGCCAUCAUGCAAGCGCCGGAAGCGCUCGAACGUCCGAAAUGGUGGCGUGAUGUGGUACACCGAGAUUAUGUGCAAUCGAAGCUGUAA